AUGGAGCAGAAAGCAGAUUUUACGCGGACUUCAGCGCUUUACUGCUGCUGGAUCCUCAUCAACUCCGUGCUGGCUGAAGACUGGACUCGGGUUCACACCGAGGACGAGCUCUUCAGGAGCUUGUUCGGGGGCUACAGCAAGUGGACGCGUCCGGCACGAAACAUCACCGACGUGGUCAUCGUCAAGUUUGGCCUCUCUAUCGCACAGCUGAUAGAUGUGGAUGAGAAAAACCAGAUGAUGACGACCAACGUGUGGCUUAAACAGGAAUGGACUGACUACAAGCUGCAGUGGAGUCCCUCCGACUUCGACAACGUGACGUCCAUCAGAGUUCCUUCUGAGCUCAUCUGGGUGCCGGACAUUGUGCUGUAUAACAAUGCAGACGGAGAGUUCGCCGUCACCCACAUGACCAAGGCCCAUGUGUUUCACACCGGUCGUGUCCGUUGGGUGCCCCCAGCCAUCUACAAGUCCUCCUGCUCCAUCGAUGUCACCUUCUUCCCUUUCGACCAGCAGAGCUGCAAGAUGAAGUUCGGCUCCUGGACGUACGACCGCGCCAAGAUCGACCUGGAGCCCUUUGAGAACACGGUGGACUUGAAGGAUUACUGGGAGAGCGGAGAGUGGGCAAUUGUCAACGCCGUGGGCACCUACAACACCAAGAAGUACGACUGCUGCCACGAGAUCUACCCCGACAUCACCUACUAUUUUGUCAUCCGCCGCCUCCCGUUGUUCUACACCAUCAACCUCAUCAUCCCCUGCCUCCUCAUCUCCUUCCUCACCGUCCUGGUCUUCUACCUCCCGUCGGACUGCGGGGAGAAAAUCACGCUGUGCAUCUCCGUGCUGCUGUCGCUCACCGUCUUCCUGCUGCUCAUCACAGAGAUCAUCCCUUCCACGUCGCUGGUCAUACCGCUGAUCGGGGAGUACUUGCUCUUCACUAUGAUCUUCGUCACGCUGUCCAUCGUCAUCACCGUGUUUGUGCUGAACGUGCACCACCGGUCGUCAGCGACUCACACCAUGCCUCGUUGGGUGCGUAGGUUUUUCCUCUCUGCGGUGCCAGGCUGGCUGUGCAUGAAGCGUCCAGACCAUGGUCUCAGGCCUGUGAGGCGACGCCACCUGACUGAUACACUCCUCCCUCUCCGGACUCCAGGCCCCGCCUACAGCACAUCCACCUGGAUCACUCAGGAGUCUGACAUCGAUCUCCACGGUUACCAGGUUGACAACCGGUGCCGCAGCAGCCACCGGCUCGACUCCUCGGAUACCGGAGAUGAUGAAAUUCAGCCCUGGGAUCCUCGCGGUUACACCCUCCUCCCACAGAGACACUCCACACUCAGCCUGGACUGGGAUGCCCCUGCUGUGGAGCGUGGUUUGAUCCAGAACCAGCUGGCCUCUGUUCUGUCUCCUGCAGUGGUAUCAGCCCUGGAGGGGGUGACCUACAUCGCAGAGCACCUUAGAGCAGAGGACGCUGACUUCUCAGUGAAGGAGGACUGGAAGUACGUCGCCAUGGUUGUAGACCGGAUCUUCCUGUGGAUGUUCAUCAUCGUGUGUCUGCUGGGAACAAUCGGACUCUUCCUGCCGCCGUGGCUCUCCGGGAUGUUUUAG